UACAACUUUUGCUUUAUUAUUUCGCGGCCACAUAGGGAGACUGAAUGAGAUGUGGUUUUCUGAUUGAGAUUUUAAUGAAGAUAAUCUGGAUUUCUUUAUUGCACAACUUCAGAGAGUAUUUUAUUAUUUUAGUCUCAUAAAGACCUCGCAGAAGGAUUUGGUGAUCUUUGCUUGACUUAAGCCGUUUUCUUAAACGGGAUCGGACACACGGCACGUCAUUCUCGGUUCAGUGUCACUCCCAACGGAUUAAGUUGUUGUAAUAUGGAGCAAACCCACUAAGCACGGGAGCGGGAGUCCUCUGAGUGCGUGGCCAAGUGGGUCGCCCCGUGUCCGGCCUUGCGUGUGCUGGAGAGCCCGCAAAUAUGGGAUGUGGAUUACGGAAAUUGGAGGACCCGGAGGACAGCAGCCCGGGAAAAAUCUACUCCACUUUAAAGAGACCACAGGUCGAGACCAAAACAGACUCCGUGUACGAGUAUGUGCUGCUGGACUUCAGUUUGGAAGGCAGUCGGCCUACAGUACAGUAUCUGUCCUCGCUGUGCGAGCUGCCCCAUGCCCUGCAGUCCUACUACACCCAGGGCUACGUUCUGGCCGCCCUGCAUCCCAUCAUCCUCUCAGUGGGCCGGACCCGCUUCCUGCCCUGCAGCCUGCUCUACCGGGCCAUUCUGGUCCGCCCACGAUCCAUUAAACAUGCAGUGCCAGUGAUUGACAGCUUGCCAGUGUUGCGAGUGGAGGAGUGGCCACUACCCGGAGAAUCUCUGACCAGUGACACAGUGAGACUGCUCAUAGACAGGGUGAACAGCUAUGCCAGGGGUGGCGUGAGGUUCGUGGGGUCAGUGCUCCAGCAGGCUGGAGGAGUGGGGUGUAACGGUAGAGUACCCAGUCCCAGGAGGGGCUGCCGUUCCCCGUCCCGCACACCGCCCGGAGACGCAGAUCUAGAGGGCCGUGGCUACAGCCCAGACCUGAGAUUGUUGGUGCUGUUUCACUCCUGGGCUCCGGGCUGUGCUCCGCUGGACUCUCUGGCCUGCUGUUACCACCAGGGGGCGCUGUCCAUGCGCGUGUCCAGGAAGGGCCAAGUUGUCAGUGCCCUCGAAGCUGAUUGGCUGGAAUUGACCGCAGCUUACUACCGCAAGGGCUGGUCAUUGGUCGACUCCUUUGUAUACUGGGACACACCUAAAGGUGAGCCAGUGCCCAGGUCUCUAGAGGGGCUGUUUGUCUAUGAGGAGAAAAGCAUAGCGCCCCCUGCCAAUGACACUAUUGUAGUGGAACAGUGGACCGUUAUAGAGGGUUCAGAUGUAAAGACAGACUAUGGUCCUCUGCUCCACACAUUAGCAGAAUUCGGCUGGCUGCUCACUUGUGUGCUGCCCACCCCAAUUAUUCGCCAUGACAGCGAAGGGAAUCUCGCCACCAAGCAAGUUGUCUUCCUGCAAAGACCCGCCAAAGGCCAAACGGUACCAGAGCACAACCAGGGAUCCACGCGGCGAGAGGUGUGUAGUCACUCUGCAAGUCGGGGCGUGGAUGAACCGCACACAGAGCUGUCGUCUCCAUGUUCAGGGGGAAUCGGCGGUUUCCCUGUGUUUGGAGGGGGGUAUCCCAGUGCGCUGUCCCAUUUAGAUGAGGGAGGAUUUGAGCCGGAUGACGGGGCUGCAGAAGUCACCUGUAUGUGAUGGACCAACUCAAAGAUGCAAUUUCUUUCAAGUUCUGUCAGAAAUCUUUGGCGGUUGAGAGUGGCAGCUGCCCUAGAAUUUACCACAUCACCAGACCACAAGAGAUUUGUGUUCCUGUAUUAGAAACAGACUCAUAGCACUUUUAACGUUUUGUAAAUUAUUUUUUAACAAGCCAUAACGUAUCAUAGAGGCCGGUUUUAUUUACUCAUUUAUUUUUAAUUGAAAGCACAAAGUUUAUGUGCAAUGAUACUUUGACAAAGUAUCAAAAAUAGCACUGAAAUUCACAGUUAUUUACAUCAACAGUAUUUCACAGCACUCGCACAAUACCACAUGUCCAGUUCACAUCACAUUUGUCAAGCUCCAACACUUUCUUUUUUUUUCCUAAUCAGUGAGUGUCCUUCCUCACUGUUCAUUUUUUACUCCGAACCAGCUGACAAUUCAGUUGUUUGUUCACCUGCAACAGUUCAACGUAACAAACUCAGGAACUGAGUGUCUAAACAGCCCUUCUGCAGGACGCAAACGUUUACUUGGUGUGCAGAUUUGCAACAUGCUUACAUUUUCUUGCAGAAAUUUUCCAGGCCUAAGAGUGAAAACAUCAGAAACACUGCAUUUAGCUUGAGAUGCUUUUUGUGUUUGAGGGAAAUGCAUAUGCACUGUAAACCUAGAGCUUCAGGCUGGAGCCCAUGAACUAGCCUGUACUAAAUGCUGAAUUUGAUGCUGUAGUCUGGUUUAUCUGCUCAAGUAGUGCUAGAGCUGAAUUUUUAUGUUAAUCUCCUGGGAAUUUCAUCACGUUACCCAAAACACUAUGAUUUGCAUGUUAAGUGGCAGCAUUUCAGUUCAAUAACUGCUAUAGGACUAUGAGCAGGGUACUUCCUUUUGUUUAGUAUAAACUGACUAGUUCUUCCCAGCUAGGUGGUCAAAUUCGAUUUAUCUGGCUGUAUUUUUCAAACUGAGCUGCAGUGGUGCUGCUUGUUCCACCUUAGAAUUCUUAUAGAAUUUUAACCAUGUUAAGGGUUGUAUUUUUCACGUCUUAUGUUGCCUUGACCAUGUUUAUCCCUCUUUGAGGAAUGGCAGAAUAGAAUAAGCACAUUUUAGUUCACAAAACAGACUAUCAAGCUGCUGUAAAUGUUAAAGCCAUGGUGAACCGAAUGAGAUGUUCCUUCAAUCCCAGAAGCUGAGCUCAAGAUAUUUAACAUCUAAUAUGCAAGAACUGAUCAGUAUUAUUUACUAACUGUAGUAUUUGAACAUGUUUCAGGCUGUUUUUGUAAUGUUUUAUUAAAUGGGUAUUUACCUCAUAUUAAAGUGGCUGUUUGUGUUGUCGCUUAGCAGUUGAACAUGGCAAAAAAGCUAAUGAAUAAGCGUAGACUAGGUACAAGUCUUUUAUUAACAAUUGACAAUGAAAAUACCAUACAUUUUAGUU